AUACGCGAUUAAGGCAAUAUGGCGACGAAUAUGAGAGAAUCGCAACAAUUAUUUUUAUAUUGUAUACUAUGUGGAAGCUACCUUUCAGUUUGUAUGCGGAUAUAACAUUUAUGAAGCAGACGAUGGAAAUAGACUGUGCUAUAAGAAGCCUAGGAGUGACAGUAGAUUAUGGUAAAAAAGGAAUUUUGGCUCUCGCUUGUUCGUUAAGUCAAGUGGUGGUAUACUUUGCCCGCACAUUAUGUAUAUGUGUCACCUUGAAUAAUUUAAACAUGGACAUACCUUAUGAAAGAAUAUUUCAAGUUGUAUUUUGCGAUUCCUUGGCUCUAAUACUGUCUGGCCAUUAUUGUUACUAUUUAUAUAUUUUGAUAGAGAAAUACGCUAUGUUGAAUAAGGUUCUGCGCGAUAUAAAAAGUCAGCAGGCUUGGGAAUAUACGAUGUUUAUUCGUGAUAAACCUAACAUUGAAAAAGGAAGCGUUCUCCAAGAGAAAUAUAUAUGUCGCAAAAUUGGAACCUGUGCAAAAAUAUACUGUAUGCUUUAUAAAACAACUGCCCAAGUGUCCAUGAUGUACGGAAUUGGCCUGGUUCUGACGACGUCUCUCGGCCUGAACACGGCUGUGUUGUACUUGUUUUAUUUCAUGGAGGCUACCGCGUCUGGUCUGUUCAAGGAUUUACAAAGAUAUAUUUACUUUUUGUUCUAUGUGUUUUGGCAAACUGCUUAUGCGACUGGGAUAAUUUUCAUGACCGUGUUUUUCUCGGAGAUGACCGUUUCAGAGGUAAGUUUGAAUAGCUUGAAAGAUCUCACUAAAGACUUAUCUGUGGUUUAUGCACUCCUUUUAAGUUCAUAGCAGACAUAUACUUCUAUCAUGUGGAAUAUUUACAGUUAUAGAACUGCAUAUUCUGGAAUCGUGAAGGAGGUCUAACAAGCUAUUACCUAAGAUAUAAAUUAAAACGUUAAGACUAAACGUUAAUCUGAUAAUCCAUAUCUUUUGGAAGCAAUAAUUAAUAAAUGAGUAUUUAAUUACAGGCAAAUAAAGCUGUUUAUAUCGUACAAGAUAUCAUUAACAGUAAUCGGAGUCCGGCAAUAACAGCAGAAGUAAGUGUGAAAUUUAACUUCAUAGCUGAUUUAUGUCCGCCAUCAAUAUAUAUUCUUUAAAAAAAAUAGUUUUUGUAAAAGAGAGCGAGCGAAUAAUGAGAAGAAAAUGCGAGACAAAAAUGAUGAACCGUCUUCAAAAAAGGAGGUACUCAGUUUGAUCUGUAUAUCUGUAUGUAUCUUUGUGUGCGAUUAUCUCGCGUUUGGCUGAACUGAUUUUGAUGCGGUUUUUAAAAUAGUAUUUGUCAGAAAUAGGAGAAGGUUUUAGGUAUAUUAACCGACAAAAAAAUGGCGAAUAGCACUUUAAUUUGACUCGGUUUUCAGAAAAGUACUUUAAUGUUACCUAUGAGAUAAAAAAUAUCAAUAUCCCUAAAAAGUACAAAAUAAAGCUUAAAAAAAAUUAUCUCAAAAAUGAGUUAUCGAAGAAAAUGUUAACCUUUAAUUUAAUUAACAAUCUAGAGAAGCUCCACCCGACCUUUCCACUUUUUUUUUAAAGUUUGUUAAUUUAUUAUUCACAAAUUAUUACGAUUAUUAUAAAAGUGCUUCAUAAUUUCCUUGCCUGUAAAGUCUUUUGUUUCCUACUCAACAAAUCAGCGCAUAUGCACGAUACGCCAUUGUGCGUAUGCGCUGAUUUAGUAUUCAAGGACAUAGUUCGUUAUUGGCGAUAGAAAAAGAGAGCGUACUCCACCCACCUACAGAUCCACAUCUCAAUAGAUAUCUAUUUAAAGUUGUGUUGUACCUCUUGCAACUUUAUUAUUUCCUGGUACUUAAAAUGGAUAAGUGUGACUGGACUGGACAUUAAACCACUGAGCUUUGGUACUUAGCGUAAUAAAAGGAUCAGAGAACACGAUUGGUUGCAAGACUGCUAAUUACCGACAAGAAAUGAAGUCAAUGAUCUCUCAGAUGCUCAACAAUGAGUAGAAAUAAAUAAAAUUCAUUCUACGUUAAUGGAUAUUAAAAAUACAAACGACAACAUAGAAUGUUCCAUUGCAAACCUGACUUCGCAGAAUGAAGAACUGAAACAGAAAAUCGAAAAGCUGGAGCAUCAAACAAAAGAGGAUAAGGAGUAGGUAUAAAACUUUAUUUCAAGAUAAGAUCGAAGAUUUACAACGAGAUAACAAAGAACCAUGCAUUGAUAUUAAAAUGUCCCUAAAAUUUCUAAAGAGACAAAAGAAGACUUAAUAAAAAUGUCCAUAAAUUUAUCCAAAAGCAUUGGUUACAAAAUUGAAAAAAAGUGGGUGAAAAUUAAACGCGACAAUAAUAAAACUCCAGUAGUAGCAGAAUUAACGUCAAAAAUACAAAAAACGGAGUUUAUAAAAAUGACUAGAAACUUAAAUAUAAAUAUAAUAUAACACAAAGAAAAACUGUGUGCGAAACACUGUUUGGCUUUACAACCGACGAAUAUUCCCCAGUCUGUAAGUGAACUACUAACAGCAAAGGCGGCACGUUCAUUUUUUCUUGCGCGGGACUAUUAAAUCCAAGGAUUUCAAGUUCUUUUGGACAUGGCAUGGAAGAAUUUAUGUAAGGAGAAAUGAAGGUUCCCCUAUAAUUAUUAUUAAAAAUGAAACUCAAAUUCAUAACCUAAUGCAAAAGGAUUGACUAUUUGUAUUGUAUACUGUUCUAAAACAAACUUAUUUGUUUCUUUUGUUAAUAUUUUUUAACUUUUGUCACACAGAAUUAUGCACAGUUUUGUUUGUUAUAGUAUUGAACAAAAAUACACAAUCAAAAAUACUCAACAUAUACCACACACAACCAUACAUUUCAUGAAAAGCGUUCUAAAAACAAAUAAAACGAAAAUACAUUACAUCUGUUGAAGCCGCUUUAUUGCUACUUUACUCUUUUCUAAAUUAUCUUUCGAUUUCCCUAUGGGUGCACCACUAAAGGAAUAUCUGGUGUACUUUCGGGGGUCUGCUGUGUAACGG